GCAGAGAGGCCCAUGGUCUUCAAUCAGGAGGUGACUUUGUUUCUUUUUUGGCUAAAGCGUGUUCUUUUUGGGGGGGAGGGCACAUGAAUGGCAGAGGAGGAAGCAGGAAGGGUUGGAAUGGCACAAGAUGAAGGAGGAGAAGACAUGCCAGAGGAGGAGGAGGUGCAGGAGCAGGAGGACGAGGGAGAGGAGGAGGAGGAGGAACUGGAGGUGGCAGAGGAGAACACGACACAGGAGAGGGUGCUUGCCAAGGAGGAGGAUAGGGGAACGGGGUGGAGAGGAGGUGGCAGAGGACGAUGUGGAGAAGGAAGUGAUGGAGGAAGACGAAGAGGAGGGGGAGGUGGUGAAGGAGGACGAAGAGGGGGGGGGGAGGUGUGCUCCGAGGGUGAUGCCGCGGCAGGCAACCGAUCGUUCAAUUAGAGGGGAUAGCUUAGCCCUUUGUAUUCUUAUGUCCAAACAGGAUGUGAACUCUGGCCUGA